GCACUUAAUCUUGUACACUAGGUGGCGGUAAUACUCCUAAGGAGUGAGCAGCCAGUAACAAGUAGUAGUAGAAGAAGACCGUCGUCAGUUUAGUUCUCGCGCAUGCGUCAUGGAGCUCUCGUGAACGAACGUCAGAGGCCUACAAGAGAGAAAAUGAAUAGUUGAAUAAAGUCGUUCUUUUGUUUGUUUGUUUUUUCGCACGAAAAGUAUUAUCGUCGCUUGAGAAACGUAUGGUUGAGCCACUGUAGUGGCAUGGACUAUUUAAACAUUUUCUUCACUGACUUUCUGGACGGACAAGUUUUGGCCCCCUUAAAGCCAAUGGAGGAGUAUUCCAGCGCUCAUAUUUAAUCACAAAAAUAUUAAUUUGUGAUCCGAAGAUGAACGAAAGACUUACAUGGUUGGAUCAACACGAGGCUUCUGACUCUCAGCCUGAGAAAAGGAUUGUACUUCUUGGGAAAACCGGAGAUGGAAAGAGCAGCGCCGGGAAUACGAUUCUCAAUCAACAAGUCUUCAAGAGCAAAGCUUCGCCUGAAUCAGUGACGGCUGAAUGUGUCAGCGGAGACCGGAAGGUCCACGGCAAAAAGAUCACCGUUAUUGACACGCCUGGACUCUUCGACACCGGUCUGAAUGAGGAGGCCAUCAAAUCUGAGAUCAUUCGGUCUGUGAUCGAAAGCUCUCCGGGUCCAGACAUGUUCACCAUCGUCCUGAAGGUCGGGAGAUACACGGGAAAAGAGUUGGAGGUCGUGGAUAAAAUCGUGGAGUAUUGUGGAGAAGACACCUUCAAUCAUUCAGUGGUUUUAUUCACUCACGGAGAACAGCUAGAAGGUCAGACCAUCGAUGAGUUUGUCAAGAUGAGUCCAAAGCUACAGGAGCUGGUUGAUAAAUGUGGAGGCCACUGUCACGUCAUCGACAGCAUAUACUGGAAAAGACGUCAAAUGGGAUACAGGAGCAACAGAGUCCAGGUGAAGAACCUGCUGGAGACCAUCGAGCAGAAGCUGAAGGACAAUCAGAACGGCUGCAACACCAACGAGCUGCUUCAGAUCGUGGAGGAGGAGAUUCAAGAGGAGAUGAAGAACAUAAACGAGGACAGUCUGUCGCCACAAGAGAAGCGAGAAGAAGCGAAAAAGGUUGUGCACAAAAAACUUAUGGUUAAGCUGGCGGGAGUGACCACGGGAACACUAACCGGUGCGUUUCUGGGCAUCGGUGUCGCUGUGGCCUCCGUCGUCACUUUACUGAAAGCCGCUGAUGUUCCCGGAGUAAUAAAUGCCGGAACCGUAGCCGGGGCCGCGGGAGCCACGGGGAUAGCAGCAGGAGUAGCGGCGGUGAAGGCGGGGAUCGCCGCCGCCGGGAUCGGAGUGACUGGUUCUGGUAUCGCUGCAGCUGCAGGUGUCGCUGUUGGAGUCGCGGCUCUCGCCGGAGCGAUCGGAGGAGGAGUUACCGGAUGCAAAGCCGCAGAAGAAACGGAUUCGGUGUGUGACGCAAUAAAGAACGCCGCGAAACUCAACUAUGAGAAUGCCAAAGGUGUGGUGAAAAAGGCAAAGAUUUUUUGGUGAUCUGUGUGAUUAUUUAACUCUAGGAUGACAUGAUUGUUGCAUGAUGCAUGUGGAUUUUUUUUUAAUUCUCACUAUUACGUAUAGGCUAAGCUGCCACAUUAUAUUAUUUUUGCAAAGUGUUGGUUUUAUUGGUUGAAAUUUAAUUUGUUGCAAAUAUAAUACUGAAAACUGUUAUUACUUGGAAGGUGCGGCGAAAAAUAUUAACCCAAACAGUUGUAGGUGAUCUAAGAUUAAGAGAAGACUAUUAUCUCUAUUUUAAUGCAUGGGAUUUGUUUUUAAUUCACUCUGCAUUAUAUGAACAUGCAGCCAUUAUUUUUUUAUAAUAUGUAUUGUGUCAAUAAAAAUUAAAUAUUCCUCAGAUCUCC